AUGAUGCAGAGCAAAUAAGCUAAGAAAUAGGAAAAUAGCGGUGAGCAUGUUAACCAGAAUUACUAAACAGGCAUUAAUGAAUUGUUGAUGACUGCAAGUAAUUCAUAAACACCUUAGAAGUUUAAUCCAAAUGUCUACGGAAUAUUUGAUUCAAAUUAGAGUCCAAUGAGCGAGGGCUUAGAUGUGGAACUUUUAAAAAAAUUUGAUAGUUUCAAAUAGAUUGAUCAGCUUGUCUAGUAAGAUAAAGUUCUAAGAAGCGGAAGAUCAAUUCAAACUCUCAAUCGCAAUUUACUCUAUAAAAAGAAGAUUUGGGCAAGAAAUAGAGAAACAGUGAACAAUCGAUAGAAUAAAACAGUAGUCAAGUUUAUAAUGACACCCAAAUUACUAGUAAUAAUAAGAACUAAAAUCUAACAGAGCGAAUAAAAUAACUUAAUUUAUAAAAAUUCGAUCUCUUCAAAUGAUCCUUUUCAAUCAAAAAGCUUUUAAAAAAUUCUUAGAAAUCAAAAGGAAUCAAAUGGAUCUAUUUAUGGAAAUAUCAUGAAGCCAUCAUAAGUAACCGAUAGAUUAAUAACUAUUGGGAUUUUAUACUAAGCAAAGAAAAGUAAACUUAAGGAGGAAUAAGAUAAGAAAAUAGCAAAUGCAGAGGACAAUAUUGUAAAUUAGAUUAAAAGAAAGCAUUCGAAAGAAAACUUGCAUUCAUUUAGAAAAGAUCCAUCAUAAUCAGAGCUUAAUGUUAACUAAAAUUAGCCAGUUGAGUAAAGACUCUUUAACUUGAAGAGAAAAUAUGAUUAGAAUGUGGCGUAAAGAUAAAAAUAAAAAGAAAUUUAAGAGAUUUCUGAGUUAAAGAACCCAAUGAUAAACAGCAAAAGCUAAAAACUAUUGGAGAAGCAAUCUUAUUUGAAUACUAAAGUAGAGGAUAGACUAUUAGAGGUUGGUAAGAAGUGGAAAGACAAAAAGGAGUAAUAACUAAAAGAAUACAUUGAGGAAAUGGAGAGCAGGGCUUAUCCAGUUUUAACAAUAAAUCAGAGCUAAGUGCAGUAGAGUCAGUAGUAAAAAUCAGCAACAAAGUAAAAAUCUGAUUUGAAAAAUAAUUUCUUUGAGAGACUUAAGAAGUAAAUGGAAAAGAAGGAGAAAAUGCUUGAAAAGCUAAAGAAUUAGUUUGAUGAGGAAUAAAUAAUUAAGUUUCAAAAAGAGAAUUAAAUUAGCAAAAAAGAAGCUGAGUCUCGAUUAAAAGAAUUCGAUCAAAGACUCUAGAAAUAUGAAAACUUGAAGGAAAAUAACAAAACGAAAAUAAUGACAAGAGAGCAAAGUAAGUGCACAUUCAUUCCAUAGAUAAAUGAAUAUUCAAAGAGGUUGCUAACAACUUCAGCAUCAAGAGAGAGACUUCGAGAUGUGUAGACUCCUAGGAAAAAUCAUCAUUCAAAAUGCAAAACAGAUAGGUUCUCUAAAUCCCCUCACACAUCCAGAAGUAUGCACUAAACCAACACAUAGUCCUAGGAUUACCUUGAUAGCAGAUUAAGUAAUUAAAAUAAGCAAUAGACUGAGCAAAGCAAUAGAAGUAUAAGGUCAAGAUCGAAGACACCACAAAGCAUCAAUUAAAGCAAAUAAGAUGAGAUAUUUUCUUUCCAUCCUGUAAUCAAUGAGAAAUCAAGAUAAAUGGCUGAAAGGUUAAUCCUUGGCUAUCAAUAGCAAAGGUAGCACUCAAAUUAGAGAAAUGAGGAUGGAGAUGAGAAUUAGUAUGAUACUACUGUAAAUAAUAACUCCGCUCUUGAACCUAGAUGGAGUCAUCUGUACCGAAAGCAUUUUGAGAUUCAAUAAAAGCAGCACUAAGUUAAGGAGCAGCUCAAGGAGUACUAAGAAUACUAAGAUUCACAAGAAUGCACUUUCAAGCCUGACAUAUCAGAGACAAGCUGGGUUUACUAAAACAUAGGCUAAAUGGGGGAAGUUUAAGAAAGAAAUUAUAUUUGGCAUGAAAACAGAAACCAAAAGCUGAAAUAACUGAAUAAAUUGUUUAAGUAAGAAGAACUUGAAGACUGUACGUUCCACCCACAAACCAUUGCUAUAUAAGCAGAUUACAGUCAAUUAAACACAAAAGCUAUUGAGAAAUUCCUUGAGAGGUGUAAUUAUGCUAAAUAGUUGAAGUAUGAACAAGAACUAAAGGAGGAGCAAAGAUUUGGCUCAGGCAGGAAAUGGAAAAAUUGUAUAACUGUCCCCAAGGCACCGAACUUUGUUGUUGAUUAUUUCGAAAAGUAAAGGCAAAAAGAUCCAUCUCCUAUUAAAUCAGAACUUUCUCAAACUCGAUUAGUAGAGAGGCAAAAUCUUUACAAAGAGGUCACACCAACAAGAAAACAGCUUCUUUAUGAUAAAAAUAGAUCUAAUAGAAGUCAGAAUAAUAACUAAGACAUAUAACUUAGCAACUAAAACUAGAAUCAUUUAGAUAAUUUGCAUCACUUAAUGAAUUAAUAGCAGCAAUAGUUAAAUGAAUAGGCUGACACAAGCAAUAAUAUGAAUAAUGGAAAUCCUAAUUAGCAAUUUAACUAGAAUUAUGGGUAAAUUAAUGAAGUCAACAAUAAUUUUCUCUACACUAUUUAAGAAGCAGAUGUAGAAAAUUCUAAAAUUACAACCUAUGCAUAAAAUACGAGGAGGAUAGGAGACUAUACAAAUAAAAACACACUAGAAAAGCAAAGACCUACAGAUGGGUAGUACGAAAAAGAUAUGCACUUAACAAAUAUAUUCGAUUACCAGAAUUCACUAUAGGAAACUUAAGCCCCAAUUUAAAGAGUAGCAGAUGGGGGUGAAGGAACUUAAUACCAAAAUGCUUUAGAAUUCUUGCAUGAGCAACUGCAUAAAAUUGAAUUUUCCUUUGAUCAAUAGCAAUAAGAUUGA